AUGCAUGUGAUGUGCUGUGAUUCAUUUUGUGAAACUUCAGUUUCUUUAAUCCAAGCUGUCAGCCCAUGCACCUUGCUCGAUGUCCUUCCUACAAAUCAUGGCAUUCUUCGCCGGAGCUGGCUAGAAGAGCCACAGAGAAGUCGAUCAGCGCCACCACAAUCCCACUCCCACCCACGGACCCACCUGCUCGGCGAAAUGGUGCCGCUCAAGCACUUCGACGUCCGGAUCGCCUCGCGGACGCUGCUCCGGGCCUCGCGCCCGCCGCGGGGCUUCCCGGCCGUGCACGCUGUCUCCAACCUCGACCUCGUCCUCGGCCCCUUCCCUCUUUACCUCGUCUGCGUGUACGGGCCCCCGCCGUGGGGCCUCGGUGCCGUGCUCUCCGCCGUCCGCGCCGCGCUCCCGGCCUACCUCUCCCGCUUCUUCCCCUUCGCCGGCCGCAUUGUGCGCGACCCGGGGACCAGCAUCCCCGAGGUCGCCUGCAACAACGCCGGCGCCGAGCUCGUCGUCGCGAACGCCGCCGUGCCGCUCGCGGCCGUCGAUUUCGCUAACAUCGAGCGCUCGCUGGGGCUCAUCCAGGUGCCCUUCGACGCGGGCUUCGCCUUGUCGGUGCAGAUGGUACGGUUCGCGUGCGGCGGGUUCUCGUUGGCGGUCGGCACCAACCACCUCCUCGCCGCCGGCAGGGCGCUGGCCGUCCUGCUGAACGGUCUCACGGAGAUGGUCCGCACGGGCGGACGCCUCUCCCGCGAGCCCCUGUUCGGCCAGUCUCUGUUCAGCCCGCGGUCACCACCGCGGCAUAGCCCGUCGCUGGACGCCGAGUUCGCGCGGUUCACGCCGGGGACCAUGAUCAACCCCCUCCUGGCCGCGGCCAUCCAGCGGCGCCUUUACCGCAUCGAGGCGGCCGACCUCGCGGCGCUCCAAACGGCGGCUGCGACAGUCAGCGGCCGCCGCCCGUCACGCUUCGUGGCGCUGUGCGCGCACGUCUGGAAGCUCCUCGCGCGGGCCGUCGGCGAGUCCGCCCCGAACUGCCGUAUGGCGUGGAUCGUCGACGGCCGGAGGUGCGUCGAGCCGUCGGCGGGCGCCCUGGACAUGUACAUGGGGAACGUCGUCACCUACGCGUCCCACGAGGCGAGCGUGUCGGACCUGCGGCGCAUGCCGCUGCACGACGUGGCCGCCACCGUGCGCGCCGCCAUCACGACGGUGAUGACCAAGGACAGGUUCCAGGAUUUGGUCGACUGGGCGGAGGAGAACAAGGCAGCGUACAAGGACGGCGGGAAGUGGACGGAGGAGGUGAACCUCGGCCUCGGUAGCCCGGCGCUGGUGAUCUCCGGCUUCGUCUCGUUCGCCAUCGACGGGGACCUGGGGUUCGGGAAGCCGAGGCUGGUCUUGCCGUGGCUGCGGCACAACCGGCUGGGGUCGGCGGCGAUGAUCCUCGUGCCCUGCCCGAGCGGGGAUGGGUCGUGGUUCGUGGAAGGCACGAGGCUGUGGCCGCGGCUGGUGGAGGUGGUGGAGGAUGUCCUGGAGAGCUUGCUGACGCCGGUGACGGCCGGGAGUCUAGGGUUCGCAGAGCCGGCCGGCGAGCACUACGGUUCCCGUCUGUGAGUGUGAGGUCGCUCCGCGGCCAGUAUUGUGCUGUUGUGUGGCAAUGAAGUGAUUCUUUUGAAAUUAUGUCAAAGGCGCGCGGCCGAAUGUCACGUACGUCUCCGGCCGGCAUCGGCCAUGGCCACUUUGGAGAUGAACAUGCUUUGUGGGUGGCGGUCUAGGGAGCUGGCCUGGUGGACUCGCACGAACAAUGGCAAGGACGAGGGCCGAGCUGUUGACGAAGGAGAUCGGAGUGAACGUGCACUAUGAUUUCUUUCUUAGUGUGUGUUCGUUGUAUGGAAAACUGGAAAACUGGAACAUGUUCAAGUGGUGCUCUUUUUUGGAAA